CUCGUGUGGAAACUGCUGUAAAGAUGGAGGCUGUUGAGGGAAUAUUUGGAGACUUUUUGCUUUCAGAUAUGAAAUAAAAGAAACGACAAAAAACACAGAAGAAUGGGACAAGAAAAAAGAUGGGAAAACCGGUUUGUUGUCUUCAUAUUCUUGAAGCUGAACAUGGAUCAUGCUUCCGGUUCCAGACCUGCACACUUGAGUUCUGCAUAGAGACACAAAAGAGGACAUGAUUCCAGAUCCCAGCAGCACUUCAGCAACACCAAGAUCCUCAGAGCACAAUGACAAUUCCCAUGAUAAAGGAAACGCCUCUGGAGUGGUGAAUAAUUCAGAAGAUGAGUCUGGAAAUGAAAACAGACAAAAGAAUGUGAAAAAAAGGAAAAGAGGAUCAGAAAAUGUCCAACACAACAAAAGCAAAGCCAGCCGAAGCAGUGGGAGCGGAGCAGGAAGCAGCCGUGGAAAACAGACGGCUGCGGAGGCCGUGACCCUGUUCGAGGUGGUCACCAUGGGCAGGAGUGCCAUGCAGGCAGUGAUCGAUGACUGGAUUGAAGCUUAUGUGGUGGACAGAGAUUUGUCUCUUCUGGAUCUUAUCAGCUUUUUUAUCCAGUGCUCUGGAUGCAAAGGUAUAGUCACAGCAGAGAUGUGUCAGAGCAAAAAGAGCAGUGAUGUCAAGAAUAAGAUGGUGGAGGAGUUAGAUGAGGUUGCUGGUCUGCAGUAUAAGAAGUUUCUGGCUUUUCCGUGGAUCCUCACUGUCACAUGGCCGAUGGACACAGACAGUGUGGAGUAUCCUCUGGUGCAGUCUGGACCCUAUGGUCGAUGGUUUCACUCUGAGUUCUGUGACUUUCUGUCGGUGCUGGUGGCUCAGUGUCAACAUGACGUCAUCUUUGACAGUUACCUGAUGAACACGGUUAUUUCUCUGCUCGCCGAGCUCUCAAACUCAAACAUACGAGCCUUCAGACACACCUGUACGCUCGCAGCGGUGAAGCUCCUGAGCUCUCUGGUGGGUGUAGCUCUGAGCCUGAGAGUUGGCAUCGAAAAUAGCCAGAAACUGUACGAGGUGGAGAAGACGAAGACCACGCGGCAGAAAGGGUUGGCCCAGCUGGAGAAGUUACAGAAGAAGAUCACCGAUCUGCAGGAAAAAAGAGCUGAGAUAGAAAGCAUGAUGGAUGUCAUCUUCAAAGGGGUUUUUCUAAGGCGAUAUCGUGAUGUGCUUCCAGAAAUCCGCUCUGUUUGUAUGGAGGAGCUGGGCCAGUGGAUGAAGCUCUACAAUUCUGCUUUUCUUAAUGACACGUACCUCAAAUACAUGGGUUGGUUGAUGCACGAUAAGGUCCCAGAUGUUCGCCUGAAGUGUGUGUUGGGUCUGCAGGGUUUAUAUGAAGAUCCUCUACUCCUGCCAAAACUGGACCUGUUCACCAGCCGAUUUAAGGUGCGAAUGAUGUCAAUGACCCUGGAUAAGGACAGUGAAGUGGCCGUGCAAAGUAUGAAGCUGCUGAUGCUCAUCUCAAAAGCAUGUGAUGAUGUGUUCAGUGCUGAGGACUACAAACAGCUCUACCAGCUGGUUUUCUCAUCACAGCGCCCCCUAGCUGCCACCGCAGGGGAGCUGCUCUUCUCCAGACUUCUCAACACUUCACCUCCUCCGUCUGACGCUGAGGAUGGAACGAAUGAGGAGGACGCGCAUAAACGACAAACACUAACCAGACUGAAGGCGCUGCUGCGGUUUUACCUCCAGUCUGAGCUGCACCAGCAUGUAGUGUAUUUGGUGGACAGUCUGUGGGACUGUGGUGGAUCUCUGCUGAAGGAUUGGACCACACUCACAUCUGUGCUGCUGCAGGACGCGACCUCAGACGGUUCAGUUCUUACUCGGGAAGAAGAACUGGUUGUGGUGGAGAUCCUGGUAGCGUCGGUGCGUCAGGCCUCAGAAGGACCAGCACUGGCCGGGAGGACCGGUGCAAAAAAGGUACUGAGUGUCAAAGAGAAGAAGCUUCAGGUUGACGACUGCAUGAAGCUCACGGAACAUUUCCUCGCCGUGCUUCCAGAGUUACUGUCAAAGUUUUCCAGCAGCGCAGACGUUGUUGCCUCCCUGAUGAAGAUUCCUCAGUACUUCAUCACAGAGUGUCGUCAGGCGGAAAACACUCAGGCCAUUUCCAGCCUCGUGGCGGCGAUGGGAGCGGUUUUGGACCUCCACUCGAGUCCUGCUGUUCUACAGGCUGCAGCCCGAACGUACCUCAGUCUUUGUGGAGGUGGAGCGGCCUGGUGCUCCAUGGUUCUAUCCGCCAGAGACUCACUGGUUCAGGACUGGGUGGACCGACUGACGGCGCUGCUGCGGGACUCGCUAAAGGACGACACUUUAUUUGCUGAUGAGGAGAAAAUGGCAGAAAUUGUAGCCACGCUGAAGAAACUCUGCGCUUUUUACAACGGCCACGAUCUGUCCCACUGGGGUCUGAGCGAGCUGCUGUUUCCUUUGCUGUCACUGGAGGGCGCUCAGGGGGGAGCUCCACCUCAGGUGGUGAUAGAAGUGUUGCAGUGUGUGUGUUUGUCUGUGCUCUGGUCUCUCAACAUGAGCAGUGAAACUCUAACGUCUAGAGCGGACGCGGUGGAGCAGCGGCGGCGUCUCAGUCUGUUCUGUGAGAGGAGUCAGCAGUGUCUUGUUCACAGCAGCCUCGCUGUCAGGCAGCAGGCCUUUGUGGGCAUCUGUGAUGUUCUCACGGCUCAUUCCUUCCAACUCCAUGUUGCUGCUCCGCCUUCCUGUGGACCACUGCUCUAUACACCCAACCCCAAACUGCAGAGGGCGCUGUUGACCUUUGUAUCCACACACGUCUUCAGCAACCCGGACAGUGAGAGCCAAAGCAGAGGUGGCGAGAGCGCCGAAGCCCAGCGGCUGGACGAGCUGCACAGGAGGAGGAACCUGCUGGCGGCGUACUGUAAGCUCAUCGUGCACGGCGUGCUGGAGAUGAGCAUGGCAGCCGAGGUUUUCAUGCACUUCACAAAGUAUUCUAAUGACUUUGGUGACAUCAUCAAGGAGACCCUGUCCCGGAGCCGACAGACGGAUAAGAUCGAAUCUGCUCGUAUGCUGGAUCUGUGUUUGCAGCAGCUGUUUAUGCGUCUUAAGCGGGAGCAGGAUCGAGGCGGGACGGCUCAGCCGGGGAUCCAGACCUUCACCAGCAUCAAAGAGCUGGCCAGACGCUUCGCUCUGACCUUCGGGGAUCUCGUCAAGUUCCGUGAAUCUGUGAUUGUCAUCCACAGGAGCGGUAUUGAGUUUGUGUUCCAAGGGUUCAGUCAGACCCCGGACAUGCCCACACCGGCACACCUGGUCUACCUGACCAUCCUCAGUGAGUUCUCCAGCAAACUGCUCAGACCGGACAAGAAGACCGUGUUGUCGUAUUUGGAGAAACACACGGCAGAGCACGUGGUGAACCUCAGAGACGAACGCUGGCAGCCACUCCUCUACUACCGAGCCUCUCUGUUGGCUGUGGCAGAAAGUGAGGAUGGGGCGUCCUACGUGAGCACGGACAGGAAGCCCAAUCCGCCGCAUCGCUCGCCGUCCUGCAGACAAAGAUUCGAAGUUUCAGGAAACAAGUCGCCGAGUCCGUUCAGUCCCGCCGACGGCAGAGGGAGCAAAGGUCACAGAAGCGGCUCCAGUUCCAGCUGGCAGAAAGCAGCAGAACUGGACUCUGAUUCUGUGCCAGUGGAAAAAAUGGCAGCAGAGGAUUCAGGCCGUGGCAGCAACGUGGACACGGAGGACGACGUGAACGUGGAGGUUUAACGUUUGGACUCAGUACAUGACCUUUGACCUUUUCUGGACCUGAUCACUGAGUGUCUGGGCCGCACCGGUCGGCACCAAAUACUGAUGCGAUUGUGUUUUCACAGAUUGAACAUUGGACAUCAGGGCCUGGGUUCAUGGAGCAACCCAAUCUUUCAGUCUACUAAACUUUCUUAGUGGACUACAGUUAGUCGCCCAACAUUAUCUGUCUAAUCACUGUUUCACAUCGAUGGCUAAACUUGUAAAUUAGCUGUUUUACCUUAGUCGACUGUUUUCACAGGUAUAACGGCCUAGAAGAGACGCGAGAGUCUUGUUUACUUCCAGGUUGUUCGUUGUCAUGAACUAUCCAACCUUUGUUUUAACUGGCUUAUUAACAUUUACAAACACAUACGAACUGCAGAACGACGUGCUUAGCACUUAGCCUAGCAGUUUCUUCUUCUACACUUUUGUCAACCUUUUAGUGCACACAACGCUGCUCAGCAUAACGGCAAUGCCCAGUGGCGCGUGUGAGAACUGUCACAAAGACAUCAUGACAGUCGUCUGCUGCAACCACGGCCAAAAGCAGAGGAAACUCCUUUUGAAGGAAUACGAGCGACGUAGGGGUGCUUUUGCGUGUUCCAUCAAGUGGUGGUACAUGAUAGCUGCCAUUUUUUUGAGGAAGACACAAAUAAGGUUACCUCCUCUGUAUCAGGCUAAAAAGUAUAGUCCGGUAACGUUUAGUUAGCCAACUAAGCGCUUUGUGCAGUAACUAAUAUAAUCUUUAGUCAAACAAAAACUCAGUCGACUCAUUUUUUGAUGUUAGUCAUUGCACAAAGUGCUUAGUCAGCUAAAGGUCUGCGUUAGCCAACUAAAAUUUUUAACCUGGUACAGAGGAGGCUAAUCUUAUUUUAGUCAACAAAACUUAAGUGUCUUACCUCAAAAAUGGUGGCUAUCAUGUACCACGACUUGAUGGAGCAGGAAAAAAGUGCAACAAUCCAUUGAAGAUGUUUACAGACACUGAGGUUGGGAGUGCUCCUCCUCUGGUGCGGCAGACUUGGCCAUGUUUGUAGCAGACCAACCCAGAAGUAAACAAAACUCUUGCACGUUGGAGGCGUUUCUUCGCAACUGCACUCUCAAGGCCGCAAAUGCCUGUGAAAAUAAUCAACUAACGUCAGACAGUUUAGCCGUCGAGGUGAAAUGGAGGUUAGCUGGAUAAUGUUGUGGUGACUAACCAUAGUCACUAAGUAAGAUUAGUAGACAAAAGAUUAGACUGCUUUAUGAAACUGGCCCUGGACCAAGUGCAGCACGCGGUGCACGAUUUGAGCUGCCUGGUGCUUUAAAUCAAAUACAUUUAACAAAUGUUUCUGACAGCAGUGACGAGCUCCUCCUCCUCAUUAUUAUUAUAUUAUUUAACGUUUUUUAUAACUGGAGUUUGCAGGACACUGAGAGGUGCUAUGUUCUAUAUUUUUUAGUGGUUGAGGUUCACUAAGUUCUCAGAUAUUUAAACAUUUGGACUCUGUAAAAAGUCACACUCCACCGAUAAUGAUGGUUUCAGGUGAUUCAGAGGACAUUAAGGACGUUAAUGUGGUAUUUUUGUGUGUUUCAUGUCCGUCAUGACUUUUAUACUUGAUGACAUAAAAGAAAUUUUUAUUUGGAAGAAUUUACUAAUUAAAACAUUGUCAGUAAACACACAACAAACUAUUAGUCAGUAUGAGAGGCCAGCAGUUAAAAAUCCACAAAAUGACUUUAAUAAAGUAAAAACUGUACAUUCAUCAUACCGAAUUAGGCACAUAAUCAUUUUUCUUUUUAAAUAUCUGUUUAACGUCCAAUAUAGAUCUAAGAAUUUGUUUAUGGCAGCUGUUGCACACGAUUAAUACAGAUUUGUAAUAAUGUCAGUAAUAAUUUAUAUUGUGCCACUAAGUAAUCAGGAAAUUUGAGAACUUGCUAGUAACUGCACUAUGCAGCUUUUAUUUUUUUUUUGUAACAACUCUAACGUGAAAUGAGUCCAACAGUCAUUCAGGUUUGAUUGUUAACAACGUUUUAAUAAAAGUACAAUUGUGGAAAAACUUGAA